UGCUUUGUGAUCUACUGAAUCAUUUGUAGUGUUUUUCUUUCAAGUUUCAUUUUGACCUAUAUCUGUGUGAGAGAGAGGGUGCUACAUGCUUACUAUCUCAUAUUUCCAUCAGUUAUAUCAAGAAUAACGUCACACUCGAAUAUUACAGAGAACAAUAAAUGAGAGCGUAUGGUAGGGUAACCACAGGAAACUCCCGUGCUUCCUACGCACAAUUUGACUUUGUCAUGGUCCCUCAAUCCUAUAUAAACAAACCCAAAAUAGGGAAUUACAGCACAUUCUUACAGAGGCUUUGAAAUCAGUCAGUGUUCCUCCAGCAACAGCAAUCAUGAAAUGGACAAAACUCCACACAGUGUCUCUCUACACACUACUUGCAGUAAUAUUAUUAUGUUGUCUGCCAGACAUUGCUGAUUCAGGUUUAAUACAGGUCAUGGCUCCUAAAAUUAUUGAAGUGAGAAAUGCUACAUCAGGGAAAAAAUUAACAGUCUCCUGUAAAGUUGAUCCCGGAUUACUCCCAGAUGAAACUGUAGUGUACUGGUUGGUCAAUGACUCCUUUAUCGAGACGGCAUUUCCCAAAGGACGAGUGCACGUGGACACGAAUGACCACAAGAAGUAUAUCCAGAGUGAUCUGGUGUUUAAAUGCGUUUGUCCUCAAGAUUUUUGGAGCAAUUUUGCCUGUAUAGCUCUGAGUCCCACUGGAGUGGAUAAGAAAUCUAUACAACUGCCUGAAAUAAAAUUACAUGCAAAAUUACUGUGCAAGACCAGGACGGUCAGAAGAAUUCGAAACAACCAGAGCUGAGGAUGAUCUGAAAUCUACAUGUUUUUAGCUAAAGAAAAUGUUUUUAUUGAUGCUUGAAUGAUCAUGUUCUUAGGGAUGUCAACUUGACAUGUUAAUUUAGAUUAAGUUAUAUUAAAAAUAAAGUUCAACAUAAAAAAUGAAUUAUGCCUCCUGACCUGUAUGCAAAAAUAGGUCGGUAAUAGGCUUAUGUUCAAUGAUAUGGAGAUAAAACAAACCAUAUAGACUUAUUGACUCCUAAGCCACUUUUUAGAAUGGCUAUUCCAUGCUUUCAUUGGCUAUUAUGUAACGUCUUUGAAUUAUCUUCAUUUGGGGGCUUUUAAGCGAUACAUUUAAUUUAUCAGCAUGUCAUGUAAUUAAUUUGAUUAAAAUCUUUAGUCAGUUGACAACCCUAGUUUUCUGUAUUCUGUACAGUUUCUUUCUGUAACAUGUUAUGAAAAAGUUACUGUUUUGAAGAGUAAAAUUAAAAGGGAAAAACUA